UUUUUGCCACGCCUGCCCAGUUCAAUAGUCGGAAAGUCUGAAGAGAUCAGCAGUUUGCUUCAUCGUAGUACUGGAAUGGCUAAGACGUAUGAUUUUCUCUUCAAGUUAUUACUGAUUGGGGAUUCAGGUGUUGGAAAGACUUGUGUGCUGUUCCGAUUUUCCGAGGAUGCCUUCAAUUCAACGUUUAUUUCCACCAUAGGCAUCGACUUUAAGAUAAGGACAAUAGAAUUAGAUGGGAAGAAGAUAAAGCUUCAAAUAUGGGACACUGCUGGACAGGAGAGGUUCCGAACUAUCACCACCGCUUACUACCGUGGUGCCAUGGGAAUCAUGCUUGUUUAUGAUAUUACCAAUGACAAAUCUUUUGAGAACAUCAAGAACUGGAUCAGAAAUAUCGAAGAGCAUGCAUCUUCUGAUGUGGAGAAAAUGGUUCUGGGAAACAAAUGUGAUAUGGAGGACAGAAGAUUAGUCACAAAAGAAAGAGGAACGCAGUUGGCCACAGAAUAUGGUAUAAAAUUCAUGGAGACGAGUGCAAAAGCUAGUAUCAAUGUAGAAGAGGCUUUUUUCACACUUGCUAGAGAUAUAAAACUAAAAAUGGACAAAAAACUUGAGCAAACAAGUCCACAAGCAACAUCAACAAUUAGUGUCACACAACAAAGUAAACAGUCCAAAGGAUUCUUCCGCUGCACGUUAUUGUAGGAUGUUUUAUAAUUCUGCAAGCAAGAAAUUGGCUCUAUCAUAGUUAAAACGAUAGUACCUGUGUCCAGAAUAUGUAUUUGAAUUGAUGGAUCAGGUUAAAAAAAAAGUGAUGACACUGUGUGGAAGAGAUUACAUUAUUUUCAUAUAGUGGGAGUUUUAUUGGGUAUUUAACUGGCUUCGGUCUUUCCCCUUACUCAAUGUCACAACUGCCUAGUGCAUAUCAAAAUCUAUGUCUGCCUUCUGAGAUAUGUAUUUUAUUUUUGUGACACUCUCUCUUUAGAUGUAUCUUUCCUUGUGUGGCACAAUUUUUGUUCUGUUUUCUGAAGAUUUUUUAUGUUAUUGGCAAUACUACUUGUAUCUAUGUGGUAUCUAUCCUUAUUUUAAGCUAACUUAAGCAUUGGAAAAUAACUGGAAAAAUUUUAUAUCCUUUUAUUCUUAAUACUAGUUCUGAUUUGUGAAUGUGAAGUCUGGAAUUUUAUGUAGAGAGUUACAACAUAAGAAACAAGAGAGGCCAGAAGGAGUGAGUGAUACCCGACUAACCCAUUGAUCUGUCAGAUUUAAAUGCAUGGAUUAAAGACAAAGAAACUGCUUAUGACUGUGUGUGACAGCAGUUGUCUGUGGAACAUUUUGCAAAUGGACAUGAGCACAUGUAGAUGAAAUUUCAUCUUUUCUGGAUUGAGUUUUUAUUUUAAUAACUGUGGGUUGAUGGCCCUCUAUAACUCUUUCACACUCAAGAUCUCAAUUAUUAAAUUCUCCUUACUUUCUGCCAUUCAAUUCAUAUGAUGUUAGUUUGGACAAUCAGGUGUUGGAUCAACUUGAUCUCCUCAUUGAUCUUUUUCUUUAUUCUCCUCACUUGUGUGCUUCAUAUAUUGUAUGGAUGCUGAAAGAAGAAACUAUGCCUUGAUCACUCGGAGAGUCAAAGGUUUAAUAUUUAGUCCAAAGUCAAAAUGAAAUUAUACAGUAGAAGUUAGAGAGGGUCAAAAUAAUCCACUCAAAAUUGAAAAUAUGGAAAACAAGUUGGGAUAUCAGGUUGUUGUUAUGAUUUUAAAGUACACUUUAUUUGCCUACCUGUGCUACAAAUAUGAGGGACCUUAAGCAAACCACAACAGCAAUGGCAAUGAUGACAUGGAAAAACAAAAGAUUUAAUUAGCAGAACAAUAAAAGCUCAGCACAUGUUUUAAAACAUAGUAUAUUUCUUAGCCAUUGAUUGUAAAACAACAAUGUGAAAUCACCAAAAUUUGCACUGUCUGUGAACUGAAACUGUGACAGCAAAUUAUUUUAAUUUCCAUUUGGAAGUCAAUGCUCUUUUUAAACAUUAUUUUGAAGUUAAGGUGUGGCACUGUAGGAGACAGUGAACACAUGCAGCCAUUUUUGAAAUUCUAAUUAAAAGUAGAAAUUCAUUUUUUUGCCAUCUUGACUGCUUAAGGUCCCUAUUAAUACUAGCAUGCUGUAGCAUGGGCUUUCUUGAUAUGUUCAGCUUGUAUAAUGUACCCCAAGGUAUCAGAAUAGUAAAAAUGAACCAAAGAUUCAAGCUGCUUAAAAUAAAUUCUCCCUAAUGGAUGGGAUAUUACCAGGGAAGGACAUGCAGAUAAAGCUACCCACUAAUUUUUCAUCUCAAAUGCUGUCCUUUGGUGCAUAAAAAAAAUGUUAUCUAAUUAUUUUGUUUAAAACAAUGUAAAUUUUAAGGUUACAAGUUAUUGGAGGAACUGGCAUUGAUUAUAUAGCCACUAGAGUAAAUGAACUGUUGGCAAUAGUUCACAAUCACUGCAGUGGAGGUGAAUACUGGUUGAUAUCACAGGGCCAUGAACUGGCGAGAUAAAUUUCCCCUCUUUUCAAUAACGACAGGUGAACAUUUGUUCUAGUAUAUACCACACAAUACAAAAAAUUAGUUUGUUUCUUUUAGUUUACUAAAAUAUGGAUUGGAAAUAAAACAGUUGACAAGUGAUUUUGUCUCAGCUAGUCAGAGAUGAAUAGUGCUUUCUAUUCACUUUUAAAGUAGCCAUCAGCAUGUGUGAAAAGCACCAUUCACCUCUGUGGUAUAUACUAAUUUCAGCAACAGUUUAAAACACUAAACACUUUGUAUUCCAUAUUUUUGCUUCAUAUGAUUUCCUUUUCUUUAUAUGAAAAAUGUAUAAAUGACUCCAUUGAUUUACACAUUUUGGUCAAAAUAGCUUGUUGAGGUUAGCAUACAAGGAGAGAAACUGCACCAACAAGUCUCUUUAACAGUUCAUAACUUCUUGCAGACAAGUGAAGUUCCAGCAUGUAGCUUCGGUAGCAGGUGCUCAGUUAAAUAGGGAGUGUUUGGUGAUUCAGUGGGACAAAAAAGAAAGAGGUUGUGUGUUUAAGUCUCCUGUGUUUGCUCUUUCAUGGCAUUUUGCUUGUACUAUUGCUUAGCACCUACUACACAGGCGACACUUCUCUCUAUUUUAACCAAGGCUGAAAGUGGAGGACAAGUUAGGAAGAAGUAUAGUAACACUUUGUUUGAUAGCAUGGAUUAGAAAAUAGAGUGAAAUGAAAUUAAAAUACAUGCUUCUUUGUGGUUGCCUUUGUGUCCUAAAACCUUCCAUAAUUAAAGUAGAAUUUUAUUGUACUUAAAGACAUGCUUUGCAAAGGACAUUAUUUAAUAGGUCAUGCAAAAGAAAGAGUUGAAAGGACUUUUCACCUUGUAUGCAGUGACCCUCACAGCUGAAUCUAACAUCUCUCUCAUUGUUUCUGGAUAAUGAUUUCAAGAAUAUUUCAAAGAGCAAUGAUUAAGCUAUUUCAAAUUUCUCUCUUCCAGGCCUUAGAAUUGGAACUGCAUAUCAUGUAAUGUGUAACUGGGAUUCUUAGGAUCUAGAUAUAUACUUUUUAACUUUCCUUACUAAAGUGUGUUUGUGAAGAAUGUAAGCAUUAUUCUUCACUUAGAUGUACUGCUUUUUAGCCAAAUAGUUUCUUAGUUUUCUCUUUAAUAUGAUCUAAGUGACUAACUUGCCCUGUUUCAUCAAUAUUAACCAGAACUCAAAAACAAUUUGUUUAGUUUCAAAUGUAUGAGUUCAUUAAUGCCAAGUUAAAGUUUAAAGAACAAUAAACAAAAUACCAAUCUUGUUUACCAUUUA